CAAGGAGAAAGCUCUAAAUUCAAUUGUCUACAGUUAUAAGCAUGGAUUUUCAGGCUUCGCAGCUUGGCUGACAAAGUCUCAAGCAAACAAAAUCUCAGAUUUUCCUGGAGUACUCAGUGUAAUGCCAAACCGAAAGCAUCGUGUCCACACAACUAGAAGCUGGGAUUUUCUAGGCCUAAAUUACUACCAUCCUACAGCCACAGGAUUACUUCAUAAGGCUAAUUACGGCGAAAAUGUCAUUAUUGGAGUCAUCGAUUCUGGUAUAUGGCCAGAAUCAAAAAGCUUCAAUGACCACGGUUUUGGUCCAGUGCCAUCCAGAUGGAAAGGCAAGUGUGAGGUGGGACAGCUAUUUGAUGCCAAGCACUGCAACAAAAAGUUAAUCGGAGCCCGAUGGUAUAACGAGGGGGCCGAUGCGGAGCAGCUCAAAGGAGAAUAUAUGUCUCCACGGGAUCUAGACGGCCAUGGAACACAUACUGCCUCCACCGCAGCUGGUAUACUUGUAGAGAACGUGAGCUUCCACGGCCUGGCAGCUGAGGCAGCGCGAGGAGGAGCUCCUCGUGCUCGGCUGGCAAUUUACAAGGCAUGCUGGGGCACUCCACCGAGCUGUAGCGUUGCCGCCGUCCUCGCGGCGAUGGAUGAUGCCAUCCAUGAUGGUGUUAACGUCCUUUCUUUGUCGGUUGGUGGAUCUUUUGAGACGCCUGAAAGUUUGCAUGCCGUCGCCAACGGGAUAACUGUUGUUUUUUCCGGCGGAAACGACGGCCCCUACUUCCAGACCGUGGACCACCCAUCUCCAUGGGUCAUAACAGUCGCUGCAAGCACGAUCGACCGCUCUUUCCCUACGGUCAUCACCCUCGGAAAUAAUCAGAAAUUGGUGGGCCAAUCCAGGUACCGUGGAGCCAAGAAAGAUGACAAUUUUAGAGAACUGGUUUGGGGUUCAGGCUGUACUGCUCGUGCGAUAAAUGCUGUUGGUGUCGCCGGGAAGAUUGUGCUGUGCUUUGAUCCUAAAUCAUUGACCACUUUCAUGUCGCCGUCGAGUAUAGACGAUGCAAUUGGGGACGUGAAGGAAGGUAGGGGCAAGGGUAUUAUUCUCGGCAUGCAUACCAUCAAUGCGCUAGAUGCUUUCGCAAGUUUUGAAGGAUUCCCGGCCGCAGCUGUAGACUACGAAAUGGCAUUCCGGAUGUACGAAUAUAUAGACCAAGCUAGAAGGAAAAAUAUGACCCCGUCGGUGAAGAUUGCUCCAACUCAAUCCACCAUAGGGAAUGUUGUUGCGCCAAAAAUAGCGGCUUUCUCAUCCAGAGGGCCCAGUACAACAUUUCCUGAAGUUCUCAAGCCCGAUAUUGCUGCCCCAGGAGUCAACGUUCUAGCAGCAAUGGGGUACCAAUACAAAUUCGACUCAGGUACCUCCAUGGCAUGCCCACAUGUUUCUGGAGUAGUAGCAUUGCUUAAAUCUCUACAUCCGAAUUGGUCUCCUGCAGCUAUAAAAUCAGCUCUCGUCACAACUGCAUCGGUGACUAAUGAAUACGGCACACCGAUAACGGCGGAGGGAGUGCUGAGAAAAGCAGCCGACCCUUUUGACUUUGGCGGAGGACACAUUAACCCAAACAGAGCUGCUGAUCCCGGGCUUAUCUAUGACUUCAAUCCAAAAGAUUAUGUUAAAUUCUUCGAUAGUAGUCUUAGUCGAACGGAAUAUUGCAAUGCAAAAAGAAUACCUUUAUAUCAUAUAAAUCUUCCCUCCAUCGCCAUUCCUAAUCUCAGGACAUCUCUGACGACAUGGAGAACAGUUACAAAUGUUGGUCAAGUUUAUGCACGCUACAAGGCAAUCAUUGAAUCUCCCCCAGGUGUUAAGAUGGUUGUGGAACCUUCUUCCCUUAUUUUUGAUGCAACUACAAAGAUGCGAACUUUUAAGGUGACUUUCACGUCGACUUACAAGAAACAGGGGGACUAUACUUUUGGAAGCUUAACUUGGAAUGAUGGAGGAACCCACUCAGUGAGGAUUCCCAUAGCAGUUCGAGUAAUAAUUGAGGAUUUCUAUGCAGAUACUGCAUAAAAUCAUUCUCGAAGCUUCUGUACUGCAGGUCCCACUUGCCUUCUAGGUACGUUAAUAGCAGUAAAUGUCAUGCCAGAAAUUUAUGCUCUACGAACUAUGAUUAUGUAUUUUGCAUGACAAAUAAAAUAAAUGCCAUGCUAGUAAUUGAUGUUCAAUGAGCUUG